AUGACGAAUGCGAGAUGUAAUUUAACAGCAGAACCAUUGGAAUUAAUUAGUUGUCUGUCUCAUAUAAGUACAAUCAUUCUUGGAGUUGCUAGAAAUGAUAUUCAAAGAGUGUGUAGAUCAACAUCGUCAAUUGCGGAAUGUGCAUCAGGUCAUCUAUCAGAAUGCGUCGGACAACAGAUUGGUCAAGGAGCUUUUAGGGAAAUUAUGGAUUUAUUAACAAAUUGUUGUCCAGAUCGAAAUAGUCCGGAUUGUUCAAUAAAAGAUUCAAAGCUACAGGACCAACGUUGUUUUGCUGCUGAUUCUUUUGUAACCUUAUCUAAUGGCAAACAAAAAUCAAUUGCUGAUCUACAAUUAGGUGAUUCACUUCUUGCUUAUGAUGAUAAAACAAAGAAAAUUCUCUCUACACAUCUACUUACUAUGCUUGACUUUCAACCACAUCGAUUUGCUUUAUUCAAACAAGUGACUACAAGUACAGGUCGACAGUUAUCACUUUCUUCAUCUCAUCUUGUUCCAACUGAUAAACAUGGUUAUAUAAUGGCAAAAAAUAUUCGCAUAGGAAUGAAUGUUUAUGUCAUGAAUAACAAUGGUGUUUUAAUUAGUGAACGUGUUUCAAAUGUAUCUGAUGUUGUCAAACAAGGAUAUAUAGCUCCAUUAACUGAAGAAGGUACAUUAAUUGUAAACAAUGUUGCAGCUUCUUGUUAUGCUACAAUCAAUAAUCAUUAUGUAGCUCAUGUUGUAUUAGCACCGAUGAGAUGGUGGUAUAGUUUAUUUGGUAUAUCAAAUAAAUCAAAUGAAGUAAUUGGUAUUCAUUGGUUUCCAAAAAUCUUAUAUGAAAUAACCACAUUUUUUAUACCU